AUGGAAAAGUCACAUCGCACAAACGUGCUGGUGACCUCGUGUUUGAAAACGCCGGUAGAUCCGCACACUAAAGUUCCAUUGGCUCUGUAUGAAAGGCAGAGAGCGCUUCCGUACGCGCCAGGACAGACGGAUAACCGAAACUACGAGAAAGAGAUGGAGUAUGACUCAGAAUCAGAGAGCAGUGAUGGGGAGGACCCGCGCAGGAAUGGCAACCCGCUGCUGAUGAAGAACUGCAGGGUGUCCGGGGAGCACAUCGACCUCCGGGAGUUCUACUUUUCCAACGAGGAGUACUACAAGAAGCUGGAGGAGCUGAAGCGCGCGCACCUGCGGACCAUGGCGGAGCUGGAGGGGAUGUACCGGAAGAAGAUGGAGAUCAAGGGCGCGGCACUUCCAGAUAACGAGACCGGCAACGCAGAAGGGAUGCACAGGUCACAGUUGGAGAGCAUUCCGAUGGCCAUGAGCCUGCGUAAAGCCUUCUCUGCCCAGGAGCUGAACCAGACUGGGGCCUCUGACAUGUCCGACAGCUCGGAGGAGGGCAUGUCAGAGAAUGAUGCAGAGGUAGCGAAGGACCUGCUGCUUUCCCCAAGAGCGCACAUCAGGAACAUGUGGCAGGGCUUCACCGUGGGGGAGCUGACGCCCCGCAACCGACACCCGUCCUGGUCCUCGCUGAAGAGCCAGCCGGCGGGCCACAAGGGCAGAGGCGCGGCCGACAGGGAGAGGAAGGAGGACCAGAGGGGCGACGGCUGGAGGCCCGGGGUCACCGUGCCCAGGCCCUUCCGGAUGACGCUGCGCGAGGCCGAGAAGAAGCGCAGGAACGUGAAGUCGCGCUCCGAGGUGGAGCUGGAGAACGCCCUGCUGAAGAAGCAGCUGGAGGAGCUGACCGAGUGCCAGAAGAAGUUCCGCGCCAGCCCCGUCCCCGCCCACGUCUACCUGCCCCUGUACGAGGAGAUGACCGCGCGCAACGAGGAGCGGCGGCAGCUCUUCCGCCAGUGCAACCAGGAGCUCCUGCGCGCCUACCAGAAACCCUUCAGCUUCAUAGAGAGGGAGCGCAGGAAGAAGGAGGAGAGAGCGGCCCAGCUCCAGGACCUGCCGUCCACUGAGGAGAGGAGGACCUUCAAGGCCAAGCCGGUGCCCAGGUCCGUGUAUGACUCCACCGUGAGUGAGCAGAUCAAGGAGGACCAGCUGUACCGGGCCAUCAAGAUGCAGAUGAGGGCCCAGGAGCUGCUCCACAGCGCCUCCAUGCCCCGCAGCAUGCUGGCCAAGCGUCUGAGCGACAAGAGGAGGGAAACCGCGGAGAGGACCGUGGAGACCGAGGCGGACUUCCGGCCCAAGAUCAACGGGGAGGUCCCGGAUUUGGACGCCAGCUACCGGAGGUUCAAGAAGCGCCUGCAGAACAAGCGGGACGUGAAGCCCGUGACCGUCUGCGAGCCGUUCCAGCUGAGGACCGCACAGAUCUCCUCGCACCGCGAGCGGGUCCUGGCGGACAUGGAGGUGCAGCAGGCGAGCCCCAGGGUGACACGCUGGCCGUACACUGCCAGCUCCAGUCCCUACUCCUCUCCCUUGGGCAGCCAGGAGUUUCUUCCCGCCAAAAUCACUGAUGCCGCUAAAAAGCGCCAAGAAGCUGUGAGGAAAGUACUCGAGCAGAGGAAGAAGGAAGAGGAAGAGGAGGAGAAGUGGAGACAGAGGCAGAAGCAGAGGGAGAGGAAGCUGCAGAAAGUGGUCACGAGGCGGGCUCAGGCCAAUGACCCCCACCUGGCCCUUUCCCAAACCAGCAAGACCAAACUCAAGCAGUUCAGGCAGCAGGACCUCCAGCGCAGGAAGGAGUACCGGGAGGAGAUGCGGGAGAUUCUUGAGCGGGUGAAAGGGAGGCCACUGCUGCUGGAGCAGGUCACACAGAGGAACGCCAAACAGGCUGCAGAAAAGCGUUAUGCUGAGAAGCUGCGAGGGUACGGAAUAAGUGAAGACUUCGUCAGCAGAAAGGCGCCAAAGCAGCUCCAACUAGAGGCACCCAAUGAUAUAUCCUCCCUCUACAGUGAGGAGAGGCACAGUGGGUCUGCAGGCCCAGAUGACUAUGCAGACGAUUACGAAGAGUGCGACGACCAGGAGUCGUGCGGGGACGAGAAGGAGGCGGAGGAGGACGAGCACAAGAGCAAAAGAGACACGGAGGAGGAGGAGGAGGAGGACAAAGCCGACCAGAGCGACCAGGAGGAUGACCGUGGAGAAGCGGAAGAUGGCUGCUCGGAACAAGAGGAGCAGGAAGGGAGAGAGGAGGAGAACGAGGCCAAGGAGAGCCCUCAGAGUAACAGGAGCAGCCGAAGCGGGCAGAGCACUGGAAGCAGCGGCGAAGGAGAGGACAGGGGAAAUGAGGAUGAGAACGAUAAAGACUAA